AGAAGUUCCAAUUUUUGUUAAGAAUAAUUGCACUCUUAAAAAUGAUUAAAAUAGUAUAUAUUGUGUCUUUUAUAUAUUUUACCACAAUUUUUAAAGUUGUAAAAGAACUUUAAAAGAAAGUUGUAAAAGAAACUCCCUAAAAACUACCCAAACCUAAGUUAAACCUCAUGUGUGAAUGAUUAACUUCAGACAUAAUGCAAUUUGCCAAUACAGGUCCCGUAUUAUGGAUCCAUGGCAUAUUCAUAGUGUUCUCUUAUUCUAGUAGCCUGUUAUAGUCUUCUUCUAUGACUUUGUUCUGCUCACUCAUUUUUGUUUAUCUGACUGCUGUUCCUGAGGCCCCUCUCUUACCUCACUCUCUGUAUGUCCCCAGUCAUCUGCCCUUUGCUGACCUUCUCUUUCUGCACAUAAGCACCUGGUAAUCACUUCAUUUCACUUCAGUGUUUACCACUAAGCAGAUUACUCUUCUUCCUGCUCCUUCAUUCCACAUUUCACCUUCCAGCUAGAUAUCUCUAAGUAAUAUCUAUGUUAAUGAUCUAUUGCUGUGUAACAUAUUAGUUCCUUAAAUGCUAAACAUUAAUCAUCUCACAGUUUCUAUGCACCAAGAAUUUAGGACAAGGGCUGGAUGUGGUCAUGUAAUCCCAGCAGCCAGGAGGCAGAGGUAGGAGGAUCACAAGUUCAAAGCCAGGCUCAGUAACUUAGACCCUAUCUCAAAAUUAAAAAUAAAAACCAGACUGGAGGGUGCUGGGGAUAUAGCCUAGUUGAUAGAGUGCUUGUCUUGCAUGCACAAGAUCCUGGGUUCAAUCACCAGCACUGUGCAUGCGCGCGCGCGCACACACACACACACACACACAAUGGGAAUGUGGCUCAGAGGUUAAGUGCCACUGGGUUCAAUCUCUGGUACAAAAAAAAAAAAAGGGAUUCCACCUCUUGGGUCCCCUUCUUCCUCCGGGAGAAGUCUUUUCUGCUGUCCUUUAAUAAACUUCUAAUUUCUACUCUGACCUUGCCUCGGCGUGCUUCUCUGGUGUUAUUCUUCAACAUUGGGGAAGCAAGGACUCGUCACCGGUCAACAGCGGUAACAUAUUGGAGGUCCCACCAAGAUUCUUCUACACCGAGAUGCCUAUCCAAGACAAAGAAGCUUCAAAGAAAGAAGUGAUUCUUUUGGCCAAGAUGAAACAUCCCAACAUUGUAACCUUCUUUAGUUCAUUUCAAGAAAACAGCAGAUUAUUUAUCGUAAUGGAAUAUUGUGAUGGAGGAGAUCUUGCAAAAAGGAUCCUCAGGCAGCGGGGAGUGCUAUUUAGUGAAGAUCAGAUCCUGGGUUGGUUUAUACAGAUUUCUCUUGGACUAAAACAUAUUCACGACAGGAAGAUAUUACACAGGGACAUAAAAUCGCAGAACAUUUUUCUUAGCAAGAAUGGAAUGGUUGCAAAACUUGGGGACUUUGGUAUAGCAAGAGUCCUGAAUAAUUCCAUGGAACUUGCCCGGACUUGUGUUGGAACACCUUACUACCUGUCCCCAGAGAUCUGUCAGAGUAAACCGUACAACAAUAAAACGGAUAUUUGGUCCCUUGGCUGUGUCUUAUAUGAGCUCUGCACACUCAAGCAUCCAUUCGAGGGCAGCAACCUGCACCAGCUGGUUCUGAAGAUUUGUCAAGCGCAUUUUGCCCCCAUAUCACCUAGGUUUUCUCGUGACCUUCGGUCCUUGAUCCCUCAGCUCUUUAAAGUUUCUCCUCGGGAUCGACCAUCUAUUAAUUCCAUCUUGAAAAGGCCCUUUUUAGAGAAUCUGAUUGCCAAAUACUUGACCCCUGAGGUCAUUCAGGAAGAAUUCAAUCAUAUGCUUAGAUGCAGAGCAAGAUCAUCUGCCUCCCCACCUGCUGGAAAGAUGGUCCAGGAUUCUAAAAUACAGCGAGUGAAAUUCCAGGGAAAGUUCCCUCCACGAUCAAGAAUAUCAGUACCAUUUGAAAGGAAGGCUGUAUUACCUAGAAAAAAAUGGAGACCACCAGCUGGAACCCAGAAGCCCACGUCUAUAAAAAUGAUAGAAAGGCCCAAACUUGAUGCAGUUUGUGGACAUUAUGAUUUUUAUUAUGCUCGACUUGACUUGUUGAGGAAGAGAGCCUGUGAACCAAGUGAUCACUACGUUCUUCAGAAAGACUCUGGAACUGAGGAGAAUUCUAAUCAAGAAGAAAGUCACAGUCCUUCACCUGCUCAAUGGCCUGCUGAGUAUCUUCAAAGGAAAAUUGAAGCUCAACAAUAUAAGUUAAAAGUGGAAAAGCAAUUGGGUCUUCGUCCAUCUUCUGCUGAGCCAAAUCACAACCAGAGACAAGAGAUUAGAAGGCAUGAAGAAAAGCCUCGAUUCCAGGAGCUGCAGUUUAGAAAAAACGAAAUGAAGGACCAGGAAUAUUGGAAACAGUUAGAGGAAAUACGCCAACAAUACCACAGUGACAUGAAGGAAAUUAGAAGGAAGAUGGGAAGAGAGCGGGAGGAGAACUCAAAAAUCAGUCAUCACACCUAUUUGGUGAAGAAGAGUGGCCUGCCCAUCCACCAAGAAGCACCUGAGGAGGAAGCAUCUGUGCAGGACACUGAAAGAGAUUUGAAACAAAUGAGGCUUCAGAACAUAAAGGAAAGCAAAAUUCCAGAACAGAAAUAUAAAGCUAAGAGAGGAGUGAAGUUUGAAAUUAAUUUAGACAAAUGUAUUUCUGAUGAAAACCCCCUCCAAGAGGAAAAGGCAACGGACAUACUAAAUGAAACUUUGACCUUUGAGGACGGCAUGAAGUUUAAGGAACAUAAAAGUAUAAAGGAACACGAAGAUUACACAGACAAAGCCUUUGAAGAACUCUGUAGGCCAGAAGCAGAGUUUUUCACUCUGAAUGUUGCUGCCACAGAAAACAGGAGGCAUUGGGAUACCAGAGUGCCUCAGACUCUGAUACAAAUGAUGGCAGCUGCUGAUGUCACCUCCACGUGCUCCACUGUGCCUGAUGAUGGCCAAGUUAUUGUGACUGAAGGUGUUUCAGAAAAUAGGAAGCAGUGGCAGCAGGAAGCACCAGGGACUUUAAUGGAUGCUUUGGCAGCAGCACCUCUUACAAGCAGCUCAUUUUCUGCCAGUGAAGGAGAGCCUGUAGGAACAUUAAAACAAUGGCUUCCUAAAGAAGAAGAGGGGAAGGUGGGAAUGUCCUCUGGCAUUGAAGGAGAUGAGGAACAACUAGAACCAGGCUCUGAUGAUGAUACAAAUUUUGAAGAGUCUGAAGAUGAGUUGAGAAACGAAGUAGUAGAAUCCCUAGAAAAACUCACUACUUCCAAAGAAGUAAAAAGGGAAGAGGUUUCCAGUUCCUUUAAGGAUGUUGAAAAACCAGGAGAAAGAGAAAGGAUUAGCAUGCUGAAAUCUGAAGAAUUAAAUGAAGGUUUGGAGGCUGUUUCUAGUCCCAUUUAAUGACCGAAUUUGUAUUAUUGAUGAAGACAAAGGAACAUCAACAGCCAGUCAAAAUAUACAAGUGUGAUUAUUGUACUUUUUCUUUCUUUUUUCUUUUUUGUGCUGUUGGGGACUGAUGGCCUUUGUCUUAAAUAGUAAAUUAGCAUCUAUUUACUGUAGUAUCUGUUUGGGUGCAAAUAAAAAAUAUUCAUUUAUUUGUUAAA